CGUUCCGGCGCAGUCUCAGUGGCGACUUGGCUUGACGCGCUCGUGUCAGUGUAAACAAAAUCUCGUGCUAUUCACAACUUCGAAGUGACUCACAAUGGCCAUCAGCAGAUUGAGCAUUGUCAAGUUCUUGGAGCUGGCGCUGACAUGUUCAUGCGUGGCUCUCCACUACAAGAGCUACAACACGGAUGCGGACACCGGCAUGCUGGUCACCGGCACCUUCGUGGGGUACCUCAUCAUCUUCGCUGGAGCCGCAGCUGGUUACAUCAUGCAGACGCCUUCGCACAAACGCAUUGACAUUUUCUACUCGCUGGUCGGAGUUGCCUUGUUUGUAGCAAGCGGGGCACUUAUUAUUGACAAAUACCAACACGGCUACAAGAGCGACUUCAGAGACAUGAACUUGGCUAAAGCUUCUCUGGCCAUCAUCAACGGGGCUGUACUCCUUAUUGACGCUGUUCUCACGCAGCGCGGAGGUUAAGGGCCAAAAAGGUUGCCUCUGCAAAUACUGGCCAAAACAUUUAAUAGAAAUAGGUUUCAUAAAAAAAAACACAGUCGAUAUUACUUUUAAAUUGAAUUUAGAAUACGUGUGAAUAUUCAUUUAUUUUUCUAAAAGCCACAUUACGUACUUUCUAUAUUUUUGUUUUAUUUUGUCUGUUGCAUAAUUUAUUUGGCAUUUUGUUUUAAAAAUAUCAAUUAAUUUUAAUUCCAGUGUUGUUAUUGUAUUUACAAAUCAUUUUCUUUAACUUUAAGUCUUAUAUGGUUUAUAUAAUAAGUAAUAUUUAAUACAAAUCUAUGAUUCAAUUUUGAAAAUCCCAAAAAACAUGUGCCUUUAUCGACUCACGCCUUCAAGAAAAGAUUGAACCAUAGAGUUUAAUUAAGUAAAUUAUUUUAGAAUGUAAUGUUACACAUUAUGUACCUCUAAAAAUCGUUAAUACUUUAAGUACAUAAAUCUCAUAUAUCUGUAUGUUAUUUUUUUUAUUUUCGUAUUACGCUUUUUACAUGUUCUAUACUUACGUUAGGAACAUCAGAUGUUCACGUUUUUCUAUUUAAACAAAAAAUAACUUAGUUCAUUUUGUCAUGUUAGGUACUGCCACAGUCAAAUUAAAAAUAUCUUCAUAGAAUAUGUGUAUCAACAUUUUUUUAUUUGUAAUAUGCUAAAUGAACGCUAGUCUGCAUCGUCGAAACUAAAAAACCAAAUUUAAUAAUUUUGAUAAAUGUCUCACUAUAUUCUAUGACAAUGUCUAUUUAAUAUUUAAGUAUUUAUAUAAGACUACUGACUUUAUAACAAUUAAUAAUAUGAAUUCUUUUACUGAAUACGAAUUCAAUGCUUAAUAAUGUAUGUAUCAAUCAUCAGUCUGAGAACUAAAGUAAUAUUCUUUGAUAAUCUUACACAUAAUGUUAACCAAAUACACAAGCAUUUGCAUUUUUAUAUACACGUUAUACAGUUUUUGUUUAUACAAUAAAUCACUAUGAGAAAACA